AUGGGCUUCCUCCGCCGCAGCCCCUCAAGUUCACGACGCAUGAUGACCCCUAGCAGCACCAGCAGCAGCUCCCCCACAUCAACGACAACAACACCAUCACCACCACCACCACCACCACCACAAUCAUCACAACCCCCAACAAUCACCACAAGCACCCCCACAUCGACAUCCCCCCUCCCAAUGUCAACGCCAAUGUCCGCCUCCUCCCACCCCCGCACCUCCACCCGCAAGAUCUCAAAACACACCCGCAAAACACGAUCCCGAACCACCACCUCCUCCUCCUCCUCCGCCCUCUCAACCUCCGCUUCCGCCUCCACCUCCCCCCCACCAAACUUCUUCCACGACCACCCCCACCACCGCCGGCGACCACACCGCGUGACGCUGGUACCCACAACUUUCGCCCCCGUCAGCGCCUACUUCCCGCGCGACUACCAGUUCGAGUUCGAAGACGAGGGCUACGACAGCGCGUCGUCGGCCUCCUCCUCGUCCGACGAGUCUACGGGUGGUGCCGCGGUAGCAGCAGGGUGGCGGCCCGUGCAGGGGAGCAUCGAGAUGGAGUUCAUGUUUGGCGACAUGGACGACGAGUUUAUGGCGGAGCUGACGCGCGAGAGUACGCCUGAGGCGGAGGAGGACGUGGUGAUGGCGGAGAUGGGGUAUCGGUCUGUUGCGACGACGGCGUGGGGGGUUGGGCAGGAGAGGGGCGUGGGGCUGGGGGGGAGGGUCGUGGAUGAGGAUUAUGACUAG